AUGGGCAGUGGUAGGGAGAGAUGGAUUGAACACUACAGUAGCGCACAAGAGAUAUUGCUGGUUGGUGAAGGAGACUUUUCAUUCUCUGCUUGUUUAGCUCGAACAUUUGGCUCUGCUUGCAACAUGGUAGCAACUUCUCUCGAAUCUCAAGGUUCUUUAAGGGCCAAACAUAGGAGCUGUUUGUCACACUUGAGUGAGUUGAAGAGGAGAGGGUGCUUGGUGUUGCAUGAUGUUGAUGUGUAUGAGAUGGACCUCCAUCCCGCUCUGCAAUGGAGGAAAUUUGGUGUCAUCAUCUUCAACUUUCCUCAUGCAGGCCAUUUCCCCUGGCUACGUGAAAGAAACCCUCAGCUCAUUCAAAUGCACAAGAACUUGUUGAAAGCCUUCUUCGAAAAUGCCCGUGGGAUGCUGAGGGAAGGCGGGGAAGUUCAUGUUGCAACCAGAGAUGACUACCCGUAUAACAGAUGGAAUGUGGAGGAACUUGCAGAGGAAGCAGGCCUGGUUUUGAUGGAGAAAGUGUGGUUCAAAAAAUCGGACUACCCGGGUUACCAGAACAAGAGAGGGGGUGACAUCAAGAGCAACAAAACGUUUCGUCUCAGAAAUUGUUUCACCUUCAAAUUUACUCUGCAACAAUAUGAGAAUGACUACACUUGUGAUGAAAUGUCUGUUUGUAGCGACGAAUAUUAG